CUCGAGGUGCCUUCAAGAAUUCGCCAAAGAAUACUGUGUUUGUGACAGUUUCGUGCACGUAAAAUACCGGCAUAUUCGCGUCCGCCAAUUUUUAAAGGGUUCAAAAUUUCCACUUAAAUUUUCACUUGCUUGAAAAAAAAUCGCCUGUUUAGGGCGUGUACGGACAGCACAUUACCAUGAGCGCAGUAUCGAUUUGGGCGUUUCCGUUCAUCGUAUUGGCACAAGAUACAAAGUUGGGCCGGACUUGAGCCAACACGCAGAAUCCACGUCUGGCCCCCUUGCUCAUCCGAAUGUUUUCACUAGUAACAUUGUGUCUACUCGCGAAGCAACAUACGGUGUUUUUACUUAUACCCUGUGUAAACUACGGUGUUGUGUUUAAUAAUAGUCAUCGGGCCGACCGGGUGUUUUUACAAGACUGAAUCCAGCGAAAACAUCAGUCUGGAAUAACAUUGCUUGUUGUUCUUUUGCGGAAUCCAAUUUGCCGCGGGAGGCUGAAGUCGUAACAAAUUCUUGGCCCCCGCUUACCUUCGAAAAAUGCAUACCUUCCUGACGGAACAUCAGAGCAUGUACAAUCGCUACAACACUGGAUAUCCUUCAUCUACAGUGACCUCAAAUCCCUACUAUGACCAGUACCGCUAUGGAUAUGCAGCUGCCGCUUGGCAUCAUCAGCAACACCCUCUGGCUACGGCUAAGGAUAUGGUCAAACCUCCAUACUCCUACAUAGCGCUGAUUGCGAUGGCCAUCCAGAAUGCUCCAGAGAAGAAAAUCACCCUGAAUGGCAUCUACCAGUUUAUUAUGGAGCGGUUUCCGUAUUACCGUGAGAACAAGCAGGGCUGGCAGAACUCCAUCCGGCACAAUCUAAGUUUGAACGAGUGUUUCGUCAAAGUGCCCAGAGACGAUAAAAAGCCUGGAAAGGGCAGUUAUUGGACGCUGGAUCCGGACUCUUACAACAUGUUUGAUAACGGAUCGUACUUGCGCCGGCGGCGGCGCUUCAAGAAAAAGGACGCUCUCAGGGAGAAGGAGGAAGCCAUCAAAAGGCAGCAACUGCAGCCCGACUCUCCUACCUCCUUGACUAAACGCGAGGAGAACAAGCCUCUGGAGGAAUCCAAGGUCAAACUGGGCGAUUGCAAGCCGAAGCGCGAGCCCAACACUGAGCUCAGCCAGUGCAUGAGUGCAAAAUAUGGUGAUCCGAAGAGUGUGAUAGUUCAUCAAGAGCAUGUUCUUAGUGAUGUUACUGCCUCGCUUCAGGCCAUGGAUACCGCAGCAGCUUUCACUGUGGACUCCUUAAUGACCGCAUCCAGAGACCAAGCGCUGCCUUACACCACCAAUUCUACCAGGUUACAUUCCUCAGGCGGUAUGUACUCUUAUUGCCCUAGUUCGAAUCCCCAGCAUCAAUACAAUCUCGGAGAUGAGGCCACUCCGCGUUAUAGUCCCUGGUACAGUCCAGAAACCUCUCCAGAGUCUGCUACCACUCCCACAGGAUAUCGGGAUAUAAUAUUCGACGGCAGCAGCGCCCCCAGCUGCCAAUUAGCUAAUUUCCGGCACUCUGGAGUUCCAUCCAGUCCUCCUCACAACUACAGAAGCACCACAUCCACUCCGUACUACCCUGCGGAUUGUGUCGCGCAGAAAUACUGAGGGUACGCCAAUUUUUUCGACCAUCAUGUCAAUAUUAAGACUGAUCCGUUUUGAAACUUCUUCACUUCAUUUGUAACCAACCAUCAACUCAAUAGUGCGCGGUUUUUGCUGGAAGCAAUCUGGAUGCUUUGAGGUUAGGGAUUGGCAAGUGAUUAAUCUGCAAGAAAGCUAGGGCGUGUUCUGUGGAGACCAUUAUAUAUAGAUAGCUAAAGCUAAAUAGUAUACCUAAUUAUUAUCUACAGGGUGUUUUGAACCUUGCAAUAGCGCCUACUUAAGCGCCUCUUUAAACAUUGCGGUCAUUUAGAUAAUGUGUACAUACAUAAGUAGAUUCAAAAAAGGGUUUUCCUGGAUUUGUCGCUGUGCACAGAACGAACAUGCUGCUAGUAGGUGUUUACAAUGACACUGCCAAAGUUUUAAAAUGAUUUUCUGGACACAGUGACAAACAAUGCGCUUUUGGUACUUAGAGUUUUUCUUCUUCUUUCUGAAUAAUAUGUGAUUAUCUAACUAGGCCAUAUUGAUGUGAAACUUGCGUUGUAAGUUAGCAACGAACCUUCAUAACUUGUAAAUAGUACGAAUCUGUAUAUUUUGUUUGUGAUUGUUGCUGUUCUUUCACCGAACUGGUUCGAAUGAACGGCGGCUAAUAUUCUUUUUCGAAAUGUGAUAAUUAGUAAUUGCCUAUUUAAGUUAAGUUGUUAGGUAGCAGAGAAACGUGCCCUAGAACUGAUUGGUCUUCAUUUGAGGGCCAGUUUUGUCAGUUCUAAGGCCCGUUUUUCAAUAAAUAUUUAAAUUGAA